GAAAUAGCGAAGAGACUGAACGCAAUUAUUGCACAGAUAAUGCCUUUUCUUUCACAAGAACAUCAACAACAAGUAGCGUCUGCCGUUGAAAGGGCGAAACAGGUUACGAUGACGGAACUAAAUCAAAUUAUCGGGCAACAAAGGCCCGAUUUACCGAGAUUGCUGCAGCAAAUGCACGCGCAACAGCUUCCGACGCACGCGGCGCCCCCUAUACCGAUGAUUCCUCACCCUAGUUUAGGCGGUGCUCCGCCUAGUACGGCGGCUAGUCUCUUGGGUCUAUCCGGCGGUUUACCUGCUCAACAUCCUCUUUCUAUGUUGGCUUCGAAACCGGAUCUGCACAGGCCGGACGAUGUCAAAUCGAAUAGCGGUAAGUUUCGAUUUUUUUUUUUAAUUUGACCCCCCCCCAAAAAAAUAUUCCGGACGAAAUAUGGUUUUUUAAAGCUCUUGGGGAUGAAAUUAAGAUAACAAGGGCGUAUUUGGUAAGAAAUGUUCUCGAUUUGCGAGAUAUAACGUAUACAGAGAUUGCUGGAUUCGAAUCAAAAGUUAAAAUGGCGAAAAUUAAAAUGCCGGACGAGAUACAGAUAAGAAAUAUCUGAAAAUGGACAUAAUUCUAAACAGAAAUCAUGUAAAUUGGGAUAUUUCGUAUGUAUAUAGGUUUUUGACUGACUGCUGAAACCGUAUUAAUGAUCAAAAUUUCAAAAAACAAAAUGGCGGACGAGAUACAGUAAAAAAAAUAUCUAAAAAUGGACAUAAUUUUAAACAAAAAGCAGAUAAAUUGGAAAAUUUGAAAUGUAUAUGGGUUUUUGAGACUAUUGAAUCAAAAUGAACUAUCAAAAUUUCAAAAAACAAAAUGGCGGAUAAGAUACGGUGAAAAUAUAUAUAAAAAUGGACAUAAUUGUAAUCAUAAAUCAUAUAAAUUGGGAAAUUUGAGAUGUACAUGGGUUUUUGAGGUAUCUGAAUCCGAAUUAACGAUCAAAAUUUCGAAAAACAAAAUGGCGGAUUAGAUAUAGUCGAAAAAUAUCUAAAAAUCAACAUAAUUAUAAACAAAAAUCAUGAUAAAUUGGAUAAUUUCAGAUGCACAUGGGUUUUUAAGUCAGCCGACGCCGAAUCAACGAUCUUAAUUUCAAAAAACAAAAUGGCGGAUAAGAUACAGUGAAAAUAUAUAUAAAAAUGGACAUAAUCAAAACAAAAUGGCCGACGAGAUACAGUCAAAAAAUAUCCAAAAAUGGACAUAAUUCUAAAAAAUAACAAGUAAAUUGAAAAAUAUGAGAUCUACACGGGUUUUUGAGUCAGCAGAAACCGAAUCAAUGAUCAAAAUUUCAAAAAACAAAAUGGCGCACAAGAUUCAGUCAAAAUAUUUAUAAAAAUGGACAUAAUUUCAAUCAUAAAUUGGAAAAUUUAAGAUGUACAUUAGUUUUUAAGGCUACUGAAUCCGAAUUAAUGAUCAAAAUUUCAAAAAACAAAAUGGAGGACGAGAUACAGUAAAAAAAAUAUCUAAAAAUGGACAUAAUUUUAAUCAUAAAUCAUAUAAAUUGGGAAAUUUGAGAUGUACAUGGGUUUUUGAGGUAUCUGAAUCCGAAUUAACGAUCAAAAUUUCGAAAAACAAAAUGGCCGACAAGAUACAGUCAAAAAAUAUCCAAAAAUGGACAUAAUUCUUAAAAAAUAACAAGUAAAUAGAAAAAUAUGAGAUCUACACGGGUUUUUGAGUCAGCAGAAGCCGAAUCAAUGAUCAAAAUUUCAAAAAACAAAAUGGCACAUAAGAUUCAGUCAAAAUAUUUAUAAAAAUGGACAUAAUUUCAAUCAUAAAUUGGAAAAUUUAAGAUGUACAUUAGUUUUUAAGGCUACUGAAUCCGAAUUAAUGAUCAAAAUUUCAAAAAACAAAAUGGCGGACGAGAUACAGUAAAAAAAAUAUCUAAAAAUGGACAUAAUUUUAAUCAUAAAUCAUAUAAAUUGGGAAAUUUGAUAUGUACAUGGGUUUUUGAGGCUCCUGAAUCCGAAUUAAUGAUCAAAAUUUCAAAAAAAACAAAAUGGCCGACAAGAUACAGUCAAAAAAUAUCCAAAAAUGGACAUAAUUCUUAAAAAAUAACAAGUAAAUAGAAAAAUAUGAGAUCUACACGGGUUUUUGAGUCAGCAGAAGCCGAAUCAAUGAUCAAAAUUUCAAAAAACAAAAUGGCACACAAGAUUCAGUCAAAAUAUUUAUAAAAAUGGACAUAAUUUCAAUCAUAAAUUGGAAAAUUUAAGAUGUACAUUAGUUUUUAAGGCUACUGAAUCCGAAUUAAUGAUCAAAAUUUCAAAAAACAAAAUGGCGGACGAGAUACAGUAAAAAAAUAUCUAAAAAUGGACAUAAUUUUAAUCAUAAAUCAUAUAAAUUGGGAAAUUUGAUAUGUACAUGGGUUUUUGAGGCUCCUGAAUCCGAAUUACUGAUCAAAAUUUCAAAAAAACAAAAUGGCGGAUAUGUUAGUACUCAAAAGCCACAGUCAAUUAGCUAUUUCAAGAGAUUAAAUGAAUAUAAAACAGGAUAUUCCAUAAAACAUCCACAUAUUAAAAGGAUUGUUUCACAUUUUCAGCGUUUUCCUUUUAUUUAUCAAUUUAAAAACCGAAAUAUAAAAUUGCGUCGCCCCUGAAUCGAUUUAAAAACAAUCCCGGAUCGCGAACAAGGUAAGUAUUAUCGAAAUCAACUAUCUGGAAUGAAUUCCAGAGGAUAGGAUGAGAAUUUUUCAUCCCGCAACGUUAGGGAUGAAAGGAUAACGAAAAAAAAAAAAA